AUGGCACACAUAGUUGUUCUAUCUCUCCUCUCUUUUCUCUUGCUCUUGUUAAUGAAUGGUCAUGGAAGCUUUGCAAGAGAAAUGAACCAAGUUGAUCAGCCUUAUCUUGAUGGUUGGCUCAAAAACACACCACUGAAGAACCAAAAACUCUCCUCUGACUCCAACCAAGUUUAUCUUGAUGGAUGGUUGAAAGAUACCAGAGGCAAGAAAGUAAAAGCCAACCCUAACUCGAACCAAAUUUACCUUGAUGGAUGGUUGAAAGAUAUCCGAGCUGAGAAAGCAAAAGGCAACCAUGACUCCAACCAAGUUUACCUCGAUGGGUGGUUGAAAGAUACCAGAGUCGAAAAAGAAAAAGCCAACUCUGACUCCAACCAAGUUUACCUAGAUGGAUGGUUGAAAGAUACCAGAGUCGAGAAAGCUAAAGUCAACCCUGAGUCCAACCAAGUUUACCUAGAUGGAUGGUUGAAAGAUAACAGAGACGAGAAAGCCAAUGUCAAUCCUGACUCCAACCAAGUUUACCUUGAUGGAUGGUUGAAAGAUGCCCGAACUGAAAAAGAAAAAUCUACCCCUGUCAACCGAGUAUACCUUGAUGGAUGGUUGAAAGAUGCGAGACCUGAGAAAGAAAAAUCCACCCCUGACUCUAACCAAGUUUACCUUGAUGGAUGGUUGAAAGAUCCGCAGAAUGAGAAAAUAGAAACCAACACUAAAUCUAACCAUGUUUACCUUGAUGGAUGGUUGAAAGAUAACCGAGAUGAAAAUGCAAAAGCCAGCGCUGACUCCAACCAAGUUUAUCUUGACGGAUGGUUGAAAGAUACUCGGGAUUUAACAGAAAAAUUGACCCUUGACUCCAACCAAGUUUACCUUGAUGGAUGGUUGAAAGAUACACGUGAUGAGAAAGAAAACUCCUACCCUAACUCCAAUCAAGUUUACCUUGAUGGCUGGUUGAAAGAUAGUCAUGUUGAGAAUUCAAAAUCUAUACAGAACUCCAAGCAAGCUUACCUUGAUGGUUGGUUGAAAGACUCACAUGCAGAGAACCACAUGAAAAUUGGACAAGAUUUUGUGGAAUCAAACGAAAAGCUAUCUUCGAAAGUUGACCAUACAGAAGCAUUCAAGGUAGCUUUUUUCGGUAUAGAAGAUCUUUAUGUAGGAAGUGUAAUGACCUUGCAAUUUCCUAUUCGAGAAUAUGCUAAGUUCUUGCCAAAAAAAGUUGCCGAUGACAUUCCUGUUUCCAAAUCACAAAUUCCAAGCCUUCUUGACCUAUUCUCACUCACAAAAGAUUCUCCUCAAGGUGAAGACAUGAUAGACAUAAUUAAUCAAUGUGAGUUUCCACCCAAUAAAGGGGAGACCAAGGCAUGUCCUACUUCUUUAGAGUCCAUGCUUGAAUUUGUUCAUAGUGUUAUUGGUGCCGAGACUAAAUAUAACAUUCACUCGACUAGCUAUCCCACAACAUCUGGUGCACGUUUGCAGAACUACACCGUUUUGGAUAUCUCAAAUGAUAUAUAUGCUCCUAAAUGGGUGGCAUGUCACCCUAGGCCUUACCCAUACGCUCUUUACUAUUGCCACUACCUAGACAUAGGGAGUAAGAUCUUCAAAGUUCUUCUAAAGGGUGAAGAUGGUGACAUAAUGAAUGCUUUGGGAAUUUGCCACCUAGACACAUCUGACAUGAAUCCUAGUCAUUUUAUAUUUGACCUACUUGGAAUGAAGCCUGGGGAUGCUCCACUGUGCCAUUUCUUCCCUGUUAAGCACGUUCUAUGGGUGCCAAGCCCACCCGUUGUCACCAAGUGA